UGUAUAUAAAAUAUUACUUGUCAACCAACCACACUAGAUAAUUCUGGGGAAAUCUGAGUGACAUAUCUCACAGCUGCUUCCUAUGGUUACACUCACUGGUGUAGUAAGGGGUCAUGUUUGAUCUAUGACAAGAUAUACAAGUAUUGUAUAUCGGGGGAAAACCCAAAGCAGUGCGGGCACUCUGUGAGACAGCAGAGGAAGCAGUGACUGAGCCCACCGACCAUCUUAUACCAGCCACACUCUUUCAGUGGAAUGUUGCUCACAAAUCCAGUACUUUUGUGUUGUUUUAAACAGUAAAACACUAACUAAAUUGAAAAGAGAAACUUCAUGAUUCUGUUACUAUCAAUGUUAAUUACCGAAAGUUGUCUUCAAUAGUGAUAAGCUGUUACACACAAUACUGCAGAUACUUAAAGUGAAAACUUCCAACUGAAAAAAUGCCAUCUAUGAAAGUUCUAAAACCUGCGAUGAGGAUAAUCUUAAUUAUAAUAAUCAGCCAUGCAGAAGGCCAAGUAGUGCCUGAUUUAAACAGUAACAAGUGUCCGGAUCAAGUGCCACAAUUCUGUAAUUGUGAAGCAUUGCAGAUUAGCUGUGAUUGUAACAAUGAAAAAGCUGAACUUGGCCCAGCUUUUGGUGACCGAACAGUCAUCACUAUGAAGAACUGCAAACAACUGAUAAUCCAACCUCAGAGUUUCAUAAAAAGUGGUCCUCUCCAGAUAGUCCUACAAAAUAUUACAGACCUACAACUAAUGAAGGGGUCUUUUGAUGCAUUGAAGGAUGCUAGAAUAAAUAUUACCAUUAUCAACACUAUCUCAAAUGAACUUCCAAGUGAUGCUUUUGCAGUAAGAGAAACUAGCAUUCCCUCAGUAGAUACAGUGAAUCAGUCUUGGACUACUAAACCAACAUUAAUAUUUCAAAUUGUCAACAGUGUAAUACAUAAGAUAGCUACUGGAGCCUUUGGGAAGUUCGUUCUUCGAAAAUUUUCUAUUGUGAACUCAACCAUAGGACAGAUUUCAGCAAGGGCUAUAAACAAUCAUGUUACGAGAAAGUUUCACAUUAUUAAUGCAACCAUCAUAGAAAUUCAAAGAAAUGCAUUUGUUCUGCACAAUUCAUCUGUAAAUGAAACUCUAACUAUUGCAUAUAAUACAUUUAAAGGUGGUAUUCCAGUCUUUCUGCUGGGAAACAUCAGAGGAGAUGUCUUUAUAAGCAACAACACUUUCCCCAAGUUGGAACACUCGCCCUGGAACCUUCGGGUACACGGAGAUGUUACUCUUCGAGGCAACGAUUUUACUAACAUUCCUAAACAUGGGCUUCAAUUUAGAAUUAAGCAUCGUAUCAGUAUAGUGCAUAAUGCCAUCAGAAAUCUCCAGAGUUAUGCACUUCAAGGGAUUAUGCCAGAAGGGAAAAAAGCAUUUCUUUUCCUAGAUGGAAAUGUUAUUCAUAAGCAUGAGCCAAUGUCCCUUCUCGUGAAUGGAUCAUUUGAAGACAAUUCUGUGGUGAUCAAGCGCACUCUGUUUAAACAGAAAUGUUUAUGCAACAUCACACAAGAUAUAACUGCAGCUUUAGGCCUACCAAAUCAAACAAUAGAGAAACUCUACGAGAAUGAGGUCCACCAACAAUGGUUUCUGAAUGGUGAAUGUCAACCUCCGGGACAUGGAGCAUCAAGAAUCACCAUUGACCAUUUUCUGUACAACAAGUGCUUAACAAAAAAAAGCCUCACAAUGGUGCUGAUAUUGGUGUUAUCCACCAUUUUAAUUACAAUAGCUAUUGGUAUCGUCGUUGCAUGGCGCAAAAUGAAGCACAAGACCACAGUUUCCUCGUCAGCAUCAGAUUACCAGUCCUUCACAGAGCCAGUACCACCAAGCAGAGCUCCAUCAAAUUGGGCAAUAGUGCAGCCAGAACCUCGCACGUACCAGGAGACAGAAAUACACAUACUCUUCGACAGGGCUCACGAAAUGGACGACUGUGAUGGAAAAUCACUACCCGAUCUAGUGAGGAGCGAGCCAAAUAACUGUAACGAUAGUGGAAACACAAAGAAAAAUGCCACUUUGCAGAUGAAGACAUCAGGCAACACACGGCAGUCAUGCCCCGUGUUGCCUGCAACAAGCAAGAAAUCAUGAAUGGAUAUGACUUGAGCCACAGUAAUUUAUUGUAAAUCUUCUUAAAACUUAAAUGUUUAAGAAAGAAAUUUAUUAUUGCAGGUUUUUAAUUAAAAUUUGCAGUAAGUUCAUUGCCAAGGUUUAUUUCUGUAUAAUUUUUUUUAUUUCUGUAUCUGGAACCUAUUUUUCUUGGAGUAUUUCUACUGGAGCUUUUACUUAAAUUACGGCAUUAAAACAUGGAAUAUUUUUAAGUAAAAAUAAAAAUACUGUACCGAGUUAACAUAAAAAAUACAACAGAUACUGUAAUAUACUGAACACAAUCUACAUAAUGUUUUCCUUUAUUAUAACUGCAGCUAAACAUUUCGGAAAACAAACAUCUUCCACCAAACUCCUAAACUGGUGACAAGCCAGUCAAGCAAUAGUGAGCAACCAGUAUUUGUCACACUAGUGACUACAAUAUCCACAAGUUAAAAAGUAAAUGUUAGGGUUAAAGUCCCUGGGUUUCUACCUCGAGCUAGUGGCUAGCGACAUGUGUAAGCUCGCUUACAGACACCAUUAACUAGGCUUUAAUAAAGUGUUUGCCUGACUUGAGUAACACACUUACUGCACACUUACCUGAAAGGUAUGACACCAUCCAAAGUCUGGUGUAUGGUUGGUGGAUGAGAGAGCGCAAACCCCUUGCUCAAUAAGGUCGGGUGUGCUCGAUACACUUGCAAAGCUAGGUCCUCUACCAGUUCCAUAUCUUCAUCUAGGUCAUCACCUUGAAAUAAAAUCAAUUUUAAUUGGCUAUGAAAAUAGAUAAUUAGACUUUGAAUUGCAUGAAACAAAUCUCAUGCAACUGCACUGAACACUGAACCAAGGCACACACACACACACAGACAAAGGCAUCAGACACACACACACAUGAAGAAUAAGAAUAUGGAACACAUGCAAAGGCCCCUACAUGGGACAAACUCCACAGGAUGACCAACACUUGCCUGUACAAGCAGAACUUAUACCCAGCUGAGUUACACAGAUCUUGCCUAUAGAGUGCCUGGUGCGAUAAAGUGUUAGGUAAUGUUCCAGGUCUGCUGGCAGCCAGUGCUCCCGUCAGGCAUUAUACAUGUGUGAAAGACCCGUGGUUUGGCGUGGGUAACGAUUGUUUGCAUAGUUGCAUAGCUAUGGUCAGCAUUGUAAAUAUAAUCCAUGGAGUUGUCUGUUUUGGAGUGCUCUGCCUUACUGUUUUUUUUAUGGGUAAUGUGAUUUAUUUAUGAUACUAUGUCAUAUUUGUGGAUGAUAUAAUGAAUGGGCAAGUGAUACUUUUUAUCAUUUUAUAAUUUAAAAGCUUUAUUUUUUUCUUAUGAUAUUACUAAAUUACUUCAGAAUGAUACCUCUCACUCCAUGAAAGUGGGAAAUCCUGGUAAUCAUAAUGUAUAAUUAAUUGUAUGAAUGUAUAAAUAAAACAAAUGCAUACUAUGAGCUACCAAAUAUGGUAGCAUGAAAUUGGACUAAAAUUGAGAUGUGGCACAAAUUUUCAAAUUAUUACUGAGAUUUACCCAAUUCCUCCCAAAAACAAAGCCAUUUAAAAAGAAAUGACUGGUUCCUAUCUAAUGUUGCUUUUCGAGAUGAUUUAGCCAAAGUUAAGUAAUAUGAAGAAUGGAUUAAUUUUGGUUUGACUGGGUAAUUAAGGUUAUGAAGCUAGUUGCAAAUAAUGGGGUCAUGUUUCUGAGCCCAUUAUAAGCCUUGGUAACCAUUUCCCCUUACCAUACAAUAGGUAUAAGGUGCAUAAUACUGUAUAUGAACAUAAUCAAAAUCUGUUGGAAAUAUUACUGCCUCACUUAAUUUAUUUGGUAAAUGUGUCUUGCUGUAUAUAGCAAAUAAUUUGCACUGUCAAUGAAGGAAGUAAUUAUCAAAAGAAAACUUUAAGCCAGGAUGGUUAUAUAGUACUCUAUUAUAUAAUAUUCAAGCGGUUCCUGGAACCUGCUGAUAUAGUUAUCUAUUACAAAUAAUUAAUUAUAAAUAACUUUCUUAAAUAAGAAAACAAUCAUGGUCAGUUUCUAAAUAUAUUAUGUCUCCUUUCUAUUACCACUGACCAGUUGGAAAUUGGGUGGAAAUAAACUAUCUAGCACUUGUAGACAAUCUUGAGGUUGUCUUGAAUUGGUUCCAAGGAUUAAUAUCCCUGCAGCCCAAUCUUUGACCAGGUCUCCUGGAUAAUGGUGUGAUCAACCAGGCAGAUGGACACCGCUGUACAGUCUGGUGUAGGAAUCACAGCCCACAUGAUCAGAGAGUAUACGUGUGUGUGUUAGAAUAAGGGGUGUCAGAGUGAAGAUGAUCAAGAUCAAUUACAAAAGUAUAACCCUCAUUAAUUAAUGUGCUUAGGCAAUGUCCCUUUUCCUAUCUUACUUUUAUUUCCUAGAAUGUAUGCUAAUGAUAAUUAAUGCUAUUCUGAUUUCCAGAAAUAUUACAUAUAAAAGAGACAGAUAGAAUAAAGAAAAUCCUCCAAAUUACCUUACACUAUUGUAACUGGAAUCACCAUGUCUUCCAUUACUAUGCUGGCAAUGGUAGAAAUAAAACUGGUGUAUUUGAUAUUAAUUUUUACCUGCAAUGGGUGGCAGAGAUAGAUCUUUUUUUAUUAGUGAUGCGGCACACAGCCCUCCCAAGUAUGAAAGCUCCUUCUCCAAGUGUCGUAAUGAGUCAGGUGGUGUUGGUGGCCAUUCAUACCCAACAACCAGCACUCGAAAUCCGUAUGUGUUGGCUCUGUCAUCCUUUACAUAGUCAGAGGCUGUUUCCAGAGAAAAUAGUACUUCAUGACCUGAGGAAAAUAGAAGGAGAGACUAGUACAAGCAAAUACUUUCUGGUACUGUAUGAUCAGCAUUAGAUAAUAGACUGGGAAGGAAUAAAACAAAGUAUGCUGGAAUUAAGAAGGUAUUCCAAGAAUAAGUGAGGGACAGAGUAUACAUAAUACAUGGAUAAUAAAGAAUCUUUUCUAGCAAUAAAAUGUUUACAAUAUUGC